CUGGUCUCAGGACUGGUCUCGGGCCUGGUCUCCAUCCUGGUUACCAACCUUGUUUCUGGCCUGGUUUCCAUCCUGGUUUCUGGCCUGAUAUGGGGCCUGGUUUCCAUCCUUGUUUCCAUCCUGGUUUCCAGCCUGGUCUCUGGCCCGAUCUUUGGCCUGAUCUCAGGCCUGGUUUCUGGCCAGGUUCCCAUCCUGGUUUCCACUUCUGGCCUGGUUUCCAUCCUGGUUUCCAGCCUGGUCUCUGGCCUGAUCUUUGGCCUGGUUUCCGGCCUGGUUUCCAGUUCUGGCCUGAUCUCUGGCCUGAUAUUUGGCCUUGUUUCCAUCCUGGUUUCAAUCCUGGUUUCCAUCCUGGUCUCCAGCCUGAUCUUUGGCCUGGUUUCCGGCUUGGUCUCCAUCCUGGUUACCAGUUCUGGCCUGGUUUCAGGUCUGGUUUCCGUCUUGGUUUCUGGCCUGAUAUGGGGCCUGGUCUCAGGCCUGGUUUCCAUCCUUGUCUCCAUCCUGGUCUCCAUCCUGGUCCUCCCCCGGGCCUGUUGUGGGGGUCCCCUGUGGGCCCCCCGGCCCCCCGUGUCCCCCGUGGCCCCCGUGGGGAUCCCGUUCCUGGACUUCUGCCCCAGGAAUUGGGAGGCCCUCUGCAGGCAGGAGGAGAACCCGUCCUGGAAGGGCUGCCCCCGGCCCCCCCGCCCCGGGGGGGGGGGGGGCGCCCGCCGCCUUCUGCAGGAACAGCACCGUGUGCUCCAGGAUCUCCGCCUUCUCCAGUCUGGGUCUGGUCCCCCCCUGCAUGGCAGCAGCAACUCCGGUUAA